UUCUUCCCCCUCUCUCUCUCCCCAAUAUCAGCUCCCGAUAUCGUCCUUUUUCUCUUGGGAUUCUUUAUUAUUUUUCCCUCCUGCCUGACGUUCCAUUGAUCCCUCCAAUUCUCUCUCCAUCUUCCUUCCUCUUUCCUCUUCUCCCUCUCUUUAACUUACUUUCUUACUUCCCCCUCCCUCCAUCCCCUUGGUCCAACCUUGCACUGCUUGCAUCUUAUUCUCUUAAUCUCUACUUUAUCUACUUAAUAAUACCUCCAAUUUCUUCUUCUUCUUCCGUGUCUCUUUGAAAAAAAAAAAAAGAAAGCUCUGUUGACAGAGUAAUUAGCCAAUAUGCCUGCCUCUGCUCCUCUCGUCAGUACUGCCAAUGGCAGCGCGAACGACAACAUCACCCGCUUUGACCCCCCCAGCCGAGUCCGCUCUCCCUUCGCCGAUGCUCUCUUUCACAACAAGACGAGAUGUUUCGUAUAUGGUAUGCAGCCCCGUGCUGUUCAGGGUAUGCUCGACUUCGACUUCAUCUGCAAGCGUACCACUCCUUCCGUUGCGGGUAUUAUCUACACAUUCGGCGGCCAGUUCGUCAGCAAGAUGUACUGGGGCACGAGCGAGACCCUCCUCCCCGUCUACCAGGACACCGCAAAGGCUAUGGCCAAGCACCCCGAUGUUGACACUGUUGUCAACUUCGCUUCCUCCCGUUCCGUCUACAGCUCCACCAUGGAGCUGAUGCAGUUCCCUCAGAUCAAGUCCAUUGCUAUCAUUGCAGAGGGUGUCCCCGAGAGGCGGGCACGUGAGAUCUUGGUCACUGCCAAGGAGAAGGGUAUUACCAUUAUCGGUCCUGCCACCGUCGGUGGUAUUAAGCCUGGUGCUUACAAGAUUGGUAACACUGGUGGUAUGAUGGAUAACAUCGUCGCCUCCAAGCUCUACCGCAAGGGUUCCGUUGGCUAUGUCUCCAAGUCCGGUGGUAUGUCCAACGAGCUGAACAACAUUAUCUCCCAAAACACCGACGGUGUCUACGAGGGUGUUGCCAUUGGUGGUGACCGUUAUCCCGGAACCACCUUUAUUGACCACCUGCUCCGCUACCAGGCUGAGCCUGAGUGCAAGAUCCUGGUCUUGCUCGGUGAAGUCGGUGGUGUUGAGGAGUACCGUGUGAUCGAGGCCGUCAAGAACGGCACCAUCACCAAGCCCAUCGUUGCUUGGGCCAUUGGUACUUGCGCUAGCAUGUUCAAGACUGAGGUUCAGUUCGGUCACGCUGGUGCCUCGGCCAACUCCGACCUGGAGACCGCUGUCGCCAAGAACAAGGCCAUGAGGGAGGCCGGCAUUUAUGUCCCCGAGACUUUCGAGGAGAUGCCCCAGCUGCUCAAGAAGGUUUAUGAUGAGCAGGUUCAGAAGGGUAUCGUCAAGCCCCAGCCUGAGCCCAUGGUCCCCAAGAUCCCCAUCGACUACUCUUGGGCCCAGGAGCUGGGUCUCAUCCGUAAGCCCGCUGCCUUCAUUUCCACCAUCAGUGACGACCGUGGCCAGGAACUUCUGUACGCUGGUAUGCCCAUCUCUGAUGUCUUCAGGGAGGACAUUGGUAUCGGUGGUGUUAUGUCCCUGCUAUGGUUCCGCCGCCGCCUCCCCCGCUAUGCUGCCAAGUUCCUGGAGAUGGUUCUCAUGCUUACUGCGGACCACGGUCCUGCCGUGUCUGGUGCCAUGAACACCAUCAUCACCACCCGUGCUGGCAAGGACCUGAUCAGCGCCCUGGUCUCUGGUCUCUUGACCAUCGGAUCUCGUUUCGGUGGUGCUCUGGAUGGUGCUGCAGAGGAGUUCGCCAAGGCCUUUGAUAAGGGCAUGAGCCCUCGUGACUUCGUUGACACCAUGAGGAAGGAGAACAAGCUGAUCCCUGGUAUUGGUCACCGUAUCAAGUCCCGCAACAACCCUGAUCUCCGUGUUGAGCUGGUCAAGGAGUACGCCAAGAAGCACUUCCCCAGCACCAAGCUCCUCGACUACGCCAUUGCUGUCGAGACCGUCACAACCUCCAAGAAGGACAACCUGAUUCUCAACGUCGAUGGUUGCGUUGCUGUCUGCUUCGUUGACCUCAUGCGCAACUGUGGCGCAUUCUCUGCCGAGGAGGUCGAGGACUACAUGAGGAUGGGUGUUCUCAACGGUCUCUUCGUCCUGGGCCGUUCCAUCGGUCUGAUUGCCCACUACCUCGACCAGAAGAGACUGCGCACCGGUCUCUACAGACAUCCUUGGGAUGAUAUCACAUACCUGCUCCCUGCCCUGCAGAAGGGUGGCUCCGAAGGCCGUGUCGAGGUCAACAUCUAAUUUUAAUUCCCUCUCCCUCCUCUUAAUUCCUAUACAAUUUACCCUCCUCCUUUCCCUGGACACCGUCGGUAUGGGUUGCCGGCAAAUUCACGGAAUCAUAAAAUCCGCCAUUUUGUGACGUCAGGAGUUAUGAUGGCUUAUGUUCUGCUUUUUUUUUUUUUUUUUUUUUUGACUUUCAUCAUCUAUUUACGUUAUUUUCCUUAUUCUUCUUUUAGAUACAUCCAGUAGUGCGCACAUGUGGCAUGACUAGUUGAUAAAGUUGAUAAUCAAUUCUAUCUAC